UUCCAUAUCUUAAGUCACAACAGACAAUGAGAUUCCGUAAAUGUGCAGCUAUAAAUUUAAAGAUUCAACUUCUUCAGGCCCUAGAGAGUGACUGGUGACUAACUAUAGGCUCUAAAUCAUAAAUGUACAAAAGAAAUGUCAAUCUUUCCAACUGUUAAAGCAAACAAUUCAGUCAAAGUACUUAACAAGUCGCCAAAAGAGAAAUCAUUUCAUGGUUUCUCAAUCUGUUGUUUCUACAUUCAAUGUGCUACACAUAAAUGCAAGGACUCGGUGUUCAUAGAGAUAAAUCUACCUGAAUAUCUUCUUCUAUAUGCAAGUGUAAUUUUAAAUAUCCAUAGGAUUUCAUCUCCUUAUCUGCAAAACAUAUAAAGGAAGAAAAAGGUUCACCAUUUUAAAACCACAUAUAUAUAUAGAGAGAGAGAUAUUAAACAGAAUACCACUAAAGCAAACUCACCGAUCUUUGAAUCACUCGUCCAAUGGAAAUGAAUGGUCGGGAAUCAGAACCAGAGCGUUUAAAAUUUGCUCUACCGGUGGAUUCUGAGAACAAAGCGACUGAGUUUCGAUUACUAUCGGUGGCAAAACCUCACAUGCGAGCCUUCCAUCUCUCAUGGAUUUCCUUCUUCUCUUGCUUCGUUUCCACCUUCGCGGCACCACCUCUCCUCCCCAUCAUACGGGACAACCUCAACCUCACUACCACUGACAUAGGUAAUGCAGGGAUCGCUUCAGUCUCUGGUGCAGUCUUUGCAAGGCUUGUCAUGGGGACAGCAUGUGACCUCUUCGGCCCACGGCUUGCCUCUUCGGCGCUCAUACUUUUAACUUCACCAGCAGUUUACUUCACAGCUGUUGCUUCAUCCCCUGUUUCCUUCCUCCUUGUCCGCUUCUUCACAGGCUUCUCACUUGCCACCUUUGUCUCAACCCAGUUCUGGAUGAGCAGCAUGUUCUCCGCAAAUGUCGUUGGAACGGCUAAUGGUGUUGCAGGUGGCUGGGGAAACCUCGGAGGUGGGGCCACCCAACUCAUCAUGCCACUUGUAUAUGAGUUGAUAAGGAAAAUCGGACCAUCUGAUUUCACUGCCUGGCGUGUUGCUUUCUUCAUCCCUGCGCUGUUCCAGACAUUAACAGCAUAUGCGGUUUUUCUCUUGGGUCAAGACCUGCCAGAUGGAAACUUUAGACGACUUGAGAAAUCUGGUGAGAAACCAAAAGAUAAGCUAUCGAAAGUUUUCUACCAUGGGAUCACUAAUUACAGGGGUUGGAUAUUGGCCUUGACUUAUGGGUACAGUUUCGGGGUAGAACUGACAGUAGACAACAUAGUAGCAGAGUACUUCUAUGAUAGAUUCAAUCUGAAGCUCCAUACUGCUGGAAUCAUUGCAGCAAGUUUUGGAUUAGCGAAUAUUGUGUCUCGACCUGGUGGGGGUGUGUUGUCAGAUAUGAUGGCGAAGAGGUUUGGAAUGAGAGGUAGGCUCUGGAGCUUGUGGUUAGUUCAAACCUUAGGUGGACUACUCUGUAUUCUUCUUGGGAGAGUAAAUUCACUAGGUGCAUCAGUCGCAGUGAUGCUGGUUUUUUCUUUUUUUGUCCAAGCUGCAUGUGGACUAACAUUUGGAGUAGUUCCUUUUGUCUCCAGAAGAUCACUAGGACUCAUAUCAGGAAUGACGGGAGCUGGUGGGAACGUUGGUGCAGUUAUUACUCAACUAAUAUUUUUCAAAGGCUCUAGAUAUUCAAAAGAAACAGGAAUAACUCUGAUGGGUAUCAUGAUUAUAUGUUGCACACUCCCAUUAUUCUUGAUCUACUUCCCACAAUGGGGUGGAAUGUUAUUUGGUCCAUCAUCAAAACAAAAGCACACAGAAGAAGAAUACUACACAUCAGAAUGGAAUUCUAAUGAAAAGGAGAAAGGGUUACACCAAGGAUGCUUAAAAUUUGCAGACACUAGUAAAACCGAACGAGGUAGAAGAGUCGCUUCUGAACCAACACCCUCCAAAGGAACCUCAGACACUGAUGUUUGACAACUACCACUUUACGUUAAGGUUCAGCUCUAUCCAAAGCUCCUAAUAGACACAAUACAUGUUCGUGUAUAAAUCUCCUUCGUCAAUACUACGUAAGAGUUCAAAAUUUUGUUGGAUAUGGUGCAAGAGUUGUCAUCUGAUUGUAAUGUUGCAAUUUGGAAUCGAGAUAACUUUUCUUGCAGAUAUAAUCUUCAGUUAGUAGUACUGAAUUUCAAGAA